UAGCAAGCUGGUCCUAGCAAGCCAAUGCUACUAGUCUAGCUAGCUAGCACAACUGGAGUAACUACUGUUUGCAAAUAUUUACGAGGUCAUGGAUUUCCCAGGGCACUUUGAUCAGAUCUUCCAACAGCUGAAUUAUCAGCGUGUUCACGGUCAGCUCUGCGACUGUGUGAUAGUGGUAGGUAGCCGCCACUUUAAAGCCCACCGCGCCGUACUGGCGGCGUGCAGCACGCACUUUCGUGCCCUCUUUACCGUUGCCGAGGGCGACGCCAGCAUGAGCAUGAUCCAGCUGGACUCAGAGGUGGUCACAGCAGAGGCCUUUGCAGCGCUCAUCGACAUGAUGUACACGUCAACGCUAAUGCUCGGAGAAAGUAACGUGAUGGACGUUCUGUUAGCUGCUUCACACCUGCACCUUAACGCUGUGGUAAAAGCCUGUAAGCACUACCUAACCACACGGACGUUACCCAUGUCUCCGCCGGGAGAGAGGUCUAAUCACCCAGUGGAGCAGCAGCAGAUAGCGGCAGCCGCGGCUAACUCGCGCCUACAGCGCUCGUUUUUGCUCCAGCAGCUGGGACUCAGUCUGGUUAGCUCUGCCCUCAGUGGGGCAGAUGAUGAGGGGAGCGGUGGCGGAGCUGGGAGAGAUACGGGUUUAAGUGGGGGAAUGGUGGAACAGCGGGCGUCUUUUCCCAUUCGUCGUUUCCACAAGCGCAAACCCACAGUGUCUCUGAUCGUCUCCGAAGGAGACCGCCCGCGACAGAGGGCGCGUCUUUCGUCGCAGGUGGAAGGGAUUACAGGAGAAGGCGACAGGGGCGUCGUCGGAGACGAAGGACUGCUCUCCCCGGAUUCCCACAAUAAAUUGGGCGAGGACUCCAAACUGGACGUGAUUGCCGGGGUGGUCGCCGACGACGACGGCGGAAUCCUGGGCGUGGCACAAGAAGAUGCACAGAUGCCCAGCCAAUCAGAUUGCGGGAGAGCUGGAGACCCUGAGCAGCUGCUGCUAGCACCUGGGAAAGAGGAGUACCCAGACACAGGGCGUCUCCAUGGCAGCGGGAUUCAAAUUAAGGAUGGAGGUGAGGAAGAGGAGCAGCACAUGCAAGUGGUGGUUAAGAGUGAGCCACUCAGCUCACCCGAACCUGUCGACGAAACCAGCGACGUGACCUCACAGGCUGAGGGCAGCGACCAGGUUGAAGCUGGUGGGGAUAAGAUUGAGCUUAGCCCUGAGGGGAGUGACCGCAGCUUCUCUGACCCCCAACCCAGCACCGACCACUUACUUAAAGGAAACAAGACAGUAGGAGGUGAAAGGGACAAGGAGAGAGGAGGAGGAGGAGGAGGUAGAGGUAGAGGCAGAGAGGAGCUCUCCUGUGCCGACGGCCUGGACUCCCAGUCCGGCUUCCGUAUCUCCAGCUUCCUUAACGUCAAAGCCUUCGGCGGAACGUCUUCCUCCGCUCACGUCGCCGCGGCGACCGUCGACACCGACAGCCUUCCCAACACUACCACCGGAGACGGUCGACACGACCGUGACCCGGGCCGCCUGCUCUUGAACUCCGAGCCCAUCUGUGCCUCCUCUAGUUCCUCCUCCGCUUCCCUCCUCCCGCCCUCCCAGCACCUCCUCUCCGGGGACGCGCAGCUGUUCCCCGAUAACCAAUCAGACACCCUUCUCCUUCGCCCGUUGCACGAUGGGAUAGGCGCGUCCCGUCUUGGAAGCGACCAGCUGUCUCUGGAGUUCCAGCGCUCCAGUUUAGGCUUGCACUCUUUCCCCCGCUCCUCCAGGGGAGCGAUGGGGGGGCUAGGCUUCGGCGGAUACCGACGGAUCGCCCCCAAAAUGCCCCCGGGCCGCACGGACGGCACGCAGCUCCAAGACGCCUCCUCCUCCUCCUCCGGUCCAGCCGGCUCGUUGAUGAUGAACGGGGCAGCCUACGAGGGCGUGGCCUCAGGAGGUCAGGUGGGCUCGGGGUGUAACGUGCCCCCGCAGUUAACCCGGGCGUCCGCCGACGUCCUGUCAAAGUGCAAGAAGGCCUUGUCGGAGCACAACGUGCUGGUGGUGGAAGGCGCUAGAAAGUACGCCUGUAAAAUCUGCUGCAAGACCUUCCUCACCUUAACGGACUGUAAGAAACACAUUCGAGUUCACACGGGGGAAAAACCCUACGCCUGUCUCAAAUGCGGCAAACGCUUCAGCCAAUCCAGUCACUUAUACAAACACUCCAAAACGACCUGCUUACGUUGGCAGAACAACAACUUACCCAACACACUACUGUAA